CCACGGUUCACUUUCAUUUAAUUUUUAGGGUUUCAGCUUUGGUGGCAUGCGCUCCUUCGGAGUCCUCAUGCAGUACGCAAUACUUUCGAGCGAGCAGGGGACAACGAGCCCGUUCAGUCUUUUGCCCUGCAACUUGCAAGAAGCUUUGCUGAGCCGCUAAGGAAGGAUAUGGCUGCCCACAUUGUUGAGAAGGCACACGCCCGGGUGGGGUUUCUUGGAAAUCCAAGUGACGGAUAUUUCGGCAAGACAAUCUCUUUUCUUCUGCAGAAUUUCAGUGCGACCGUGAGAUUGGAACCCUCAGACACCUUGAGAUUUGUUCCUUCGCUGGAGCACGAUCCACAAGAGUUUCUUUCGCUUGAAGCGUUGGCUGUCCGAGCUCGAACAGAAGGAUACUAUGGUGGUAUACGCCUGCUGAUGGCCAUAUGUGCCAGGUUCCAUCAGUACUGCAGCGAGAAGCAUAUCAACCUGCCUCCUAAGGGCAACUUCACUCUUGCUUAUGAUACAAACAUCCCCAGGCAGGCGGGUCUAUCAGGUUCAAGUGCGAUCAUCUGUGCCACCCUGAGCUGCUUGAUGAGAUUCUACGAAGUAGAGGACCGCAUCCCAUGGGAUGAUCGCCCCAGUCUCAUCCUGAGCGCCGAGGCGGACCUUGGCAUCACCGCUGGGCUGCAGGACAGGGUCAUCCAGGUUUAUGGCGGCCUGGUAUACAUGGACUUUGAGCGAGAGCAUCUUGCGAAGACUGGGAAUGGAAUCUACACGCCUUUAGACCCGGCUCUUUUACCAGCGCUUCAACUCAUCUACGCUCGUAACCCCAGCGACUCUGGUAAGGUGCACAGUACGGUCAAGAAAAGGUGGCUGGAAGGUGACCUUGGGAUCCGGACCGCAAUGGAAGAAGUCGCAUCGAUUGCGGAGGAAGGAAGAGAAGCAUUGGAGAAGGGCGACCAUAAGGCGAUUGCUGAGCUUAUGAAUCGAAACUUCGAUCUACGGAGGCAAAUGUUUGGAGAUGAGGCUUUAGGCGCGAUGAACAUCGACAUGGUGAUGACAGCCCGGUCGGUUGGAGCAGCAGCCAAGUUCACGGGCAGCGGAGGGGCGGUCGUGGCGUUUUGCCCGCAAGGUUCGGAUCAAGUGAAAAGGCUGUCAGAAGCAUGUGACAAGAAGGGCUUUACUAUGGCACCAAUCCAGGUGGCCCCUUCGAACGUCCAGGGCGAUAACGUCGUUGCAAUGGGGGAAGUUUGCAAGAGCUUCGUGGAUCGAGACACUGGUGCUUGAGAAGAACUCUGAUGGCUGACAUCCUUCUUCAGAACCAUUCUAUCUUGGAUCGAGGGAAAGCGGACACCGUGUCGCAAAUCAUGUACCUUUCGUGACCAGAGAGGUCCGAUCACAAUCCACUGACGCAGAUGCACUGCUAUCGUCACGCG